AUGGCUUCCAAGUACGCUAUACAAUGGAAGAAUGCGAUGGAGGAACAACUUCAAAAGCUUCAUGAUGCCGACGCUUGGUCAGAAGUGCUAAAGAUACAGGCUCACAGAACAAAGGUUCUUCCCGGACGAUGGGUCUUCGACUUGAAGUCAAACAAUGAAGGCCACGUCACACAAUUCAGAGCAAGAUGGGUGGUUUGCGGUAAUCGACAAGUGAAAGCCGCGCACCGGUUGCAAGCGACUUGA